AAAACAAGGGUUUGUAAUUGGUCGUGGAGCUGCUAUGAUUAAUUAGGCGUCUAAACUAGUAGGAAAAUAAAGGUGACUAGAUUUUGUCCUUAUAAUUAGAAGUAGGUGCUGCUGCAUUUCGUCUUCUAUAGGAAGGCGGCUGUAGCUGCAAAGCCGCGGCGAUUCCAUUUCACACCCCGACAGACACACGCAGACAAUGCGAAUCCAAACUCGUUUUAAUAUUCGCCCCCCAAGUCCUGCAAAAUCCCCGAACCCGAGAGGAGGUUUUCCGUUUUCGUUUUGUUUAAGGUCACUGCUAAGAUCAACCGGGACAGUCGGUCAAAACUCGCAAACCUCGAGAGUCUGACAUCUUGCCAUGGGAGAGAAGGGCUGAGGUCUCACUUUCAGAAUUAUGAAGCAGGGAUUCCCUUUGAUUUUUCUGUACGUGUCCCCCCGCUCCCCCUCUCAUUAGUUUUAUUAAAGCCUCCAGAAUUUUUUGGAGGUUGUUUUCGCCGCUUCAUGCAGCCAGAAUUUGUGGUUUGGAGUUUGGUGCUUGACUGGGGCGGGUGUUUUCUUCGCUGUUUGUGUUGAGGAAGGAGGCGAAGUGAUGUUACUAAUUUUGAACUCAGCAACUGUGUCCCCCCCCCCCGCUCCCUCCCGCAAGGCUUUGCAAACUCUGAGCCGCAGCUGGACUCAAGGAAUCUAGGAACCCGACAGAUGUGUCCGCUAAUGCUCACCUGUCGCUGCGUGUUCUCACCCCCCCUCGCCCACUGCGAAACCGGAGCGGCCCGAGGAGAAGUUCACUCGCCUGCUGCGGCAAACAGCAAACGAAGUGACCGCACUAAAGCCUGCGGAAGAAGAAAGAUUCCGGAGAAGGAGACGGGGAAAAACUGCUACAGCCUUCGAAAUGACUCAGUAACUUUUGCGCCCUGGGUCUCUCUGCUGCAGUUAGUCAGUUUCCCAGAUCAGCUCGGGAUGUAUUCGUCUCCUCUGUGCUUAACUCAGGAUGAGUUCCACCCGUUCAUCGAGGCGCUGCUCCCCCACGUCCGGGCCUUCGCCUACACCUGGUUCAACCUGCAGGCCCGCAAGCGCAAGUACUUCAAGAAGCACGAGAAGAGGAUGACGAAGGACGAGGAGAGGGCGGUGAAGGACGAGCUGCUGAACGAGAAGCCUGAAGUCAAGCAGAAGUGGGCGUCCCGGCUGCUGGCCAAGCUACGCAAGGACAUCCGGCCCGAGUUCCGGGAGGACUUUGUGCUCUCCAUCACGGGCAAGAAACCCUCAUGCUGCGUCCUCUCCAACCCCGACCAGAAGGGCAAGAUGCGGCGCAUCGACUGCCUGCGCCAGGCCGACAAGGUGUGGCGCUUGGACCUGGUCAUGGUGAUCCUCUUCAAGGGUAUCCCGCUGGAGAGCACGGAUGGGGAGCGGCUGGUCAAGGCCGCCCAGUGCACCAACCCCAUCCUGUGCGUCCAGCCCCACCACAUCAGCGUCUCCGUCAAGGAGCUCGACCUCUACCUGGCCUACUUCGUCCGCGAGAGAGAUUCGGAGCAAAGCAGCAGUCCGAGGACAGGGAUCGGCUCGGACCAGGAGGACAGCAAACCGAUCACAUUGGAUACGACAGACUUCCAGGAGAGCUUUGUCACGUCGGGGGUGUUCAGCGUCACAGAGCUCAUCCAGGUCUCCCGAACGCCGGUGGUGACAGGCACAGGGCCAAACUUCUCUCUGGGGGAGUUGCAGGGUCAUCUGGCCUAUGAUCUGAACCCCUCGAGCACUGGCAUGAGACGGACGCUCCCCAGCACCUCAUCCAGCGGGAGUAAACGACACAAGUCUGGCUCCAUGGAGGACGACAUAGACACGAGUCCGGGGGGCGAGUACUACACCUCGCCCAGUUCGCCCACAAGCAGCAGCCGCAACUGGACAGAAGACAUGGAAGGGGGCAUCUCCCCCGUGAAAAAGACAGAGAUCGACAAAUCGCCCUUCAACAGCCCGUCGCCCCAGGACUCCUCCCCGAGGUUGAGCUUCACCCAGCAUCACCGUCCGGUCAUCGCCGUGCACAGCGGUAUUGCUCGAAGCCCACACCCUUCAUCUACUCUGCAUUUCCCCACCACCUCGAUCCUCCCCCAGGCGGCCUCCACCUACUUCCCCCACACGGCCAUACGGUACCCGCCUCAUCUCAACCCGCAGGACCCCCUGAAAGAUCUCGUCUCACUGGCCUGCGACCCGUCCAAUCAGCAGCCUGGACCGUUAAAUGGAAGUGGUCAAGUGAAAGUGCCCAGUCACUACAUUUCUACCCAGAUGCUGGCACCGCCACCUCCCCCUGGCAUCCCCCGACUGGCUCUCUCUCCUGACACCAAAUCCACCACGACAACUUCCGAGGGCGGGACAACCUCACCGACAUCACCCACCUACUCUGCACCCGGCACGCCCCCUGCGAAUCGUUCCUUUGUGGGAUUAGGACCAAGGGAUCCGGGGAGUAUGUACCAGGCACAGGGUCCCGCUCCUGCCAGUCACUGCGAAUCCCCGGCAACAAGACACCGCCUUAGAGACAAAUCCCGCCCAAGUGCUUGCAGGGCGGAGGAAGGCCAGGCAGUGAGGGGGGACUGACAGAUUCGCACUUAGAGCCCAGCUCGCUGGGUGGCAAUCGCAGCCUUUGACCACUAAGUCGCUGGUUCAAGCCCAGCCAGGGGAUGGUCUGGAGUGGCUGCUGUGCAGGGGGGUUGGGGAGCCUUGUUGCUGUCCUCACACCACCACUGAGGGGGCUGAGAAUGGGGGUCCAGGGUUGUGUGGGUCGUGGAAUCUGGGCUCCACCAGAGUGGGGCUGUGCUGCCGCCCAAGCUGGGGAGAAGGGCCCACUGUGAAGCCAAUGGACACACUCUCGUUGGGUUUGAAUUGAGCAGCAAAGGGCAGGAGGAGGCGGGUCACCCGCCCUGGCCCGGUUCUGAGUUCACUCCAGAGCCCAUCCUGGACUCUGCUCUCCAUGUCUUGGCUCUGCUCCCGCCUCCCUCGCUUUCCCAGCCUGCACGGGCACUGCAGCUGCCUGGAGCCCAGCUCCCACCUUGGCACCCGACCAGCACCUCGGAGCCUCGUAAAAAAACAUGCCACUAAAAAAAACUUGGCAGCUGGCGCUGAGUGGCUGUUGAGCCUCCUCCCCCUGGCCAGAUUGGCACAGCUGCCGCUUGGCAUCCGAUUGGCUGGCUCUGUAGCGUGAUGGCCGUCAGCCAAUGGGAUUCCUCCGGCGACGUUGGCACCUGGCAGAGAUGCUAGGUGGAGCGCGGCUGGUGGUGCAGCGAGGAGCCGUUACCCUCCCCCCAGAGCCCCCAUGUGAGCUUGGUCCGGAAGGGGCAGCUCUUUGCUCUUAAAGAAACAGGGGCUUAAAAUAACACACGCCCCACCCCCCAUGCCGUACCCCCAGCCCUGACUCUGCUGCUGGGCGCGGCUGGACCCUGGCCUUGCCACGGGCACACAGCCCCACAGGCCUGGCACAGCUGGAGCUGGGAGCUGGAGUGUGGAUUUUCAGCUGCUUUUAAUUAGCAUCGCUUAUUAUUUAAUCCAUAAUUCAUUAGCCGGUGUUUGCAGGCACAGGGUUCCCAGGUGGCGCCAUUCCCUCUGGGUCCCUGCUCCUCAGCCACGCUGCCCAGGGGCCACGUGGCUUUAGGCUGGCACCGCAGUUGGUUGUGCAGACUGAGGCGGCCCCUGGCAGCCCCAUCACAGAGCCCGUUGUGCUCUGUGCUGUAUGCCCACAGAACAGAGAGGCCAUCCCUGCCCUGGCGCUGGCAGUCAGAUAUGUGAGGGGAUAGUGCUGGCAGGGAGACGAGGAGACACGGCACAGCUGGCACUGGGGGAUUAUUACAGAUCAGGGGAUGGGGUUUCUGAGCAUCUGAGGACUGGGUCCUGGCCAGGGCCCUACCCCGGGACCUGCUCCUGGGAUUUCCACAGGACACAGGAUUCCUUGUCGUGUCCUGUCCUGUUAAACGUCGUGCUCCACCCCAGAGGCGUCGCGUUUCAGCAGCCAAUGGAAUGAGCCCAGCAUCUCUCUCCCCUCGGUGAUGGGCAUUGGUGGGUCUGUGUCUGAGGAGCCUGGGGGGAGCCCCGCCAGGGGAAAGGCCCUGCAUCGGGGCUGGUAAGGCGAUCACGUGCUAAGCAGGAGUUCUAAUGACGAACACAUCAGCUGGGUGCCUCUCGGGAAGCCCAGCUAUGACCCAGCAGAACAGUCACCUCUGACACGAGUUAGGUAGCCUCAGCUCUCCCAGUGGUGCUGGCUUGGCAGCCUCUGCUGCUCUGUGUUCAGCCACAGCCUGGGGGGGCGCACGGGGAGAGCUCCCCUGCAGUGCCCAGAGUACUGUGAGGGGGCAGAGAACACGGCCAGGCCUCAUUUGGUCCCUGUGCAGUGCCAGCCAGGCUGCCAAUUAGCACCAAUUGUUCUGGUGCCAUUUGUGUGGCAGACAGUUGGCAACGAGGAGGCGACGAGCCCUGUGCUGCCGGGAAUUCGCUCCCCCUCCGCUUUUCCCUUCUCCGUUUGUCCACACGUUGGCAGACCGAAGGCAAGGACUGUAAACACUGAGCUGUUUGUCUAGUGUCUCCGGGGAAGUGGGAGGCUGGGAGGAACUCAGGUGAACACUGAGCUCAUUCAUUUUGGUUUGAACUCCCAGGGAACAAAGGCAUGUGCAGAGAGCCCAGGUGAACUGCGCUGCCGGCUGCCUGCGUCCUGCGCCCCACACAGCACCGGCUAAUGUAAACUGCAGCACGGGGCUCUCC